UGUGCUCGGUGUCCCUCCGCCGCCGCCGUUCCCGUUUCCGGCGGGGGAGAUGGCCAGGAUCUGAGCCGGGAGGAGGCCGCACCCGCGCCGCGCUCUGCGGCGGGCUCUAGGCGAUGCCGAGCAGCUCGGACACGGCGCUGGGGGGAGGCGGGGGCCUGAGCUGGGCGGAGAAGAAGUUGGAGGAACGCCGCAAGCGGAGGCGAUUCCUGUCCCCUCAGCAGCCGCCGCUGCUGUUGCCGCUCCUGCAGCCGCAGCUCCUGCAACCGCCGCCGCCCCCGCCGCCUCUGCUCUUCCUGGCUGCUCCCGGCACGGCCGCCGCCGCAGCCGCCGCCGCCGCGGCCUCCUCCUCUUGCUUCAGCCGGGCCCCCCCUCUGGAGGUCAAGCGGCUGCCGAGAGGCAAGAGGCGCCCAGGAGGGCGGCAGAAGCGGCGCCGCGGGCCCCGCGCCGGGCAGGAGGCGGAGAAGCGUCGGGUCUUCUCGCUGCCCCAGCCGCAGCAGGACGGCGGUGGCGGUGCCAGUAGCGGCGGGGGUGUGACCCCGCUGGUGGAAUACGAGGAUGUGAGCUCCCAGUCCGAGCAGGGGCUGCUGCUGGGGGGGGCCAGCGCGGCAACGGCGGCGACGGCUGCCGGGGGAACGGGGGGCAGCGGCGGGAGUCCGGCCUCCUCCUCCGGCACCCAGCGGCGCGGGGAGGGGUCGGAGCGCAGGCCCCGGCGGGACCGCCGCCGCAGCAGCGGCCGCAGCAAGGAGCGGCACCGCGAGCACCGGCGGCGGGACGGGCAGCGCGGCGGCGAGGCCUCCAAGUCCCGCAGCCGCCACAGCCACAGCGGCGAGGAGCGGGCCGAGGCGGCCAAGAGCGGCAGCAGCAGCAGCAGCGGCGGCCGCCGGAAGAGCGCCUCGGCCACGUCCAGCAGCAGCAGCAGCCGCAAAGACCGAGACCCGAAGGCCCACCGGAGCCGGACUAAGUCGUCCAAGGAGCCGCCUUCGGCCUACAAGGAGCCGCCCAAGGCCUACCGGGAGGACAAGAGCGAGCCCAAGGCCUACCGGCGGCGGCAGCGGUCCCUGAGCCCGCUGGGAGGCCGGGACGACAGCCCGGUGUCCCACAGGGCCUCGCAGAGCCUGAGGAGCCGCAAAUCCCCCAGCCCGGCAGGAGGUGGCAGCAGCCCUUACUCUCGGCGGCUGCCCCGCUCCCCGAGCCCCUACAGCCGCCGCCGCUCCCCCAGCUACAGCCGCCACAGUUCCUACGAGCGGGGCGGCGACGUGUCCCCCAGCCCCUACAGCAGCAGCAGUUGGCGCCGCUCCCGGAGCCCCUACAGCCCGGUGAUCAGACGGUCUGCCAAAUCCCGAAGCAGAAGCCCAUAUUCAUCUAGGCAUUCAAGAUCUCGUAGCAGGCACAGAUUGUCUAGAUCCAGAAGUCGUCAUUCUAGCAUUUCUCCUAGCACACUAACUCUGAAGAGUAGCUUGGCAGCUGAAUUGAACAAGAAUAAAAAAGCGAGAGCUGCAGAGGCAGCAAGAGCUGCAGAGGCAGCGAAAGCUGCAGAGGCCGCUGCCAAAGCUACCAAAGCCUCAAACACUUCUACACCUACCAAGGGGAACACAGAAACUGGUGCCAGUGCAUCACAAACUAACCAUGUGAAGGAUGUGAAGAAACUUAAAACUGAGCAUGCACCUUCUCCCUCAAGUGGUGGAACUUUAAAGAACGACAAGGCAAAAACAAAGCCACCUCUUCAGGUAACAAAGGUGGACAAUAAUUUGAUUGUAGAUAAAGCCACCAAGAAAGCAGUUGUAGUUGGGAAGGAGAGUAAAUCUGCUGCUACAAAGGAGGAACCAGUAUCUCUUAAAGAGAAAACCAAACCACUUACACCAAGCAUAGGAGCCAAGGAGAAGGAGCAACAUGUGGCUUUAGUGACUUCUACAUUACCACCAUUACCUUUGCCUCCCAUGCUCCCUGAAGAUAAAGAUGCUGAUAGCUUACGAGGAAAUAUUUCAGUAAAAGCAGUUAAAAAAGAAGUAGAAAAGAAACUACGAUGUCUACUUGCUGAUUUACCACUGCCCCCUGAGCUACCAGGCGGAGAUGAUCUCUCAAAGAGUCCAGAGGAAAAGAAAACAGCAACACAGUUACAUAGUAAAAGGAGGCCUAAAAUAUGUGGGCCUCGCUAUGGUGAAAUCAAAGAAAAAGAUAUUGACUGGGGAAAACGCUGCGUGGAUAAAUUUGAUAUCAUCGGAAUUAUUGGAGAAGGUACCUAUGGACAAGUUUACAAGGCCAGGGAUAAAGACACUGGAGAGAUGGUAGCCUUAAAAAAAGUACGUCUAGAUAAUGAAAAGGAAGGCUUUCCAAUUACAGCAAUUCGAGAAAUUAAAAUUCUCCGGCAGCUUACCCAUCAGAGUAUUAUCAAUAUGAAGGAAAUAGUGACCGACAAAGAAGAUGCUUUGGAUUUUAAGAAGGAUAAAGGUGCAUUUUAUCUGGUAUUUGAAUAUAUGGACCAUGAUUUGAUGGGACUACUGGAAUCAGGCUUGGUUCAUUUUAAUGAAAAUCACAUAAAGUCAUUUAUGAGACAGCUCAUGGAAGGUCUGGAUUAUUGUCACAAGAAGAACUUUUUGCAUAGAGACAUUAAAUGUUCAAAUAUUCUUCUAAAUAACAGAGGGCAGAUAAAACUUGCAGAUUUUGGACUUGCUCGAUUAUAUAGCUCAGAAGAAAGUCGGCCAUAUACUAACAAGGUCAUCACUUUAUGGUACCGUCCGCCUGAACUGCUGUUGGGAGAAGAACGAUAUACACCAGCUAUUGAUGUAUGGAGCUGUGGAUGUAUCCUUGGUGAACUCUUCACUAAAAAACCUAUAUUUCAAGCAAAUCAGGAACUUGCACAACUAGAAUUAAUAAGCCGUAUAUGUGGGAGUCCAUGUCCUGCAGUGUGGCCUGAUGUAAUCAAACUACCGUAUUUCAACACCAUGAAACCAAAGAAGCAAUAUCGUCGAAAGUUAAGAGAAGAAUUUGUUUUUAUUCCUGCAGCUGCACUAGACUUGUUUGAUUACAUGCUCGCCUUGGAUCCUAGUAAGCGCUGCACUGCAGAACAGGCUCUUCAGUGCGAGUUCCUACGAGAUGUGGAACCUUCAAAAAUGCCUCCACCAGACCUUCCUUUAUGGCAAGAUUGUCAUGAGUUAUGGAGUAAAAAACGAAGAAGACAGAAGCAGAUGGGCAUGACUGAUGAUGUUUCCACAAUUAAAGCCCCCAGAAAGGACUUGUCUCUGGGCUUGGAUGACAGCAGAACCAACACACCACAGGGUGUGCUGCCGUCUUCACAACUGAAAUCUCAGGGCAACUCGAAUGUAGCACCUGUAACAACAGGCCCUGGACAACAAUUAAACCACAGUGAAUUGGCAAUUCUACUAAACCUACUACAAUCUAAAACAAGUGUUAAUAUGGCUGAUUUUGUCCAAGUGUCGAACAUUAAGGUAAACUCUGAGACUCAGCAGCAGCUAAAUAAAAUAAACCUUCCUGCUGGAAUUUUGGUAACAGGUGAAAAACAGACAGAUCCAUCAACACCACAACAGGAGUCUUCGAAACCAUUGGGAGGAAUUCAGCCUUCUUCUCAGAGCAUCCAGCCUAAAGUGGAGACUGAUGCUACCCAGGCGGCUGUGCAGAGUGCAUUUGCAGUUCUGUUGACUCAGUUAAUAAAGGCUCAGCAGUCAAAGCAGAAAGACGUGCUACUAGAAGAGAGGGAGAAUGGAUCGGGACACGAAGCAUCAUUACAACUCAGGCCACCUCCAGAACCUAGCACUCCGGUAUCGGGGCAAGAUGACCUCAUUCAGCACCAAGAUAUGAGGAUAUUGGAGCUCACACCAGAACCAGACCGGCCUCGUAUUCUGCCUCCUGAUCAACGACCUCCUGAACCACCUGAACCACCACCAGUCACCGAAGAAGAUCUGGAUUAUCGGACAGAAAACCAGCAUGUACCCACCACUAGUUCUUCGUUAACUGACCCUCAUGCCGGAGUGAAAGCAGCGCUGUUACAGCUUCUUGCUCAGCAUCAGCCCCAGGAGGAUCCCAAAAGAGAAGGCGGUAUUGAUUACCAAGUAGGAGACACUUAUGUACCCACUUCAGACUACAAGGACAAUUUUGGAUCUUCUUCUUUCUCUUCUGGUCCUUAUGUUAGCAAUGAUGGUCUAGGAGGUAGCUCCGCUCCACCAUUGGAACGACGUAGCUUCAUUGGAAACUCAGAUAUUCAGUCUUUGGAUAACUACAGUACUACUUCAUCUCAUUCUGGUGGUCCACCUCAGCCUUCUGCCUUUUCCGAGUCAUUUCCUAGUUCAGUAGCUGGAUAUGGAGACAUUUACCUCAAUACUGGUCCCAUGUUGUUUAGUGGAGACAAGGACCAUAGAUUUGAAUAUAGCCAUGGCCCCAUUGCAGUCCUGGCAAACAGCAGUGACCCUUCCACAGGGCCAGAGAGUACUCAUCCUUUGCCAGCAAAGAUGCACAACUAUAACUAUGGUGGUAACUUACAGGAAAACCCGGGUGGCCCCGGCCUCAUGCAUGGACAAACCUGGACUUCUCCUGCCCAAGGACCUGGAUAUUCACAAGGAUACAGGGGACACAUUAGCACAUCAACUGGCAGAGGUCGAGGCAGAGGGUUACCAUACUGAGUAUCUGUUUUUCCUCAGGCACAUCAUUUUUAUCUGGAAAGACUUUUCUAGCUGCAAUUUAAGGCAGCAGUCCAAGAGACUUGAAUAAUAUUAAUUCAACAACAGCUUUAUUUUUAUGUGGAAAAGGGUCUUGCAUACAAUAGUGUAAAAAAAAGACAAAAAAACCUUUGCUUAAAUUCAUGCUGUUCUAAAAACUAGAUCUAUUAAUUGUACAUCUUCACAAAUUCUAGUUAACAAUUUUAUUUUGUAUUCUUGCAGUUUUAAGUGGAUGCUAAUCUUAGGGACAUAAAAGUCUUUUAUGGCCCUCUGCAGAUCUUCUGAACUAUGCACAUUUGUGCUUUUUUUGUAAGUUUGGACCAACUUUUAUGUAACAAACAACCAACUCCUCCCCACUCCAGUUUUACAACAAUCAGAAAGGGCACUGAUUUAUUUGGUAUUUUUCUUUUUACAAAGCUACCUUUAGUCAAAGGUCACUGUCAGUCUUUGCACCUGCUUUCAGUGUUAUUGUGAAAGGUGUACUUUGUGCUCAUUUCAGAAAAUAAAACACAACCUUUCUCUUGA